GAAAAGGUCAAAAAGGAGAAAUGUGUGGGUUGUACGGGACUCCAAAUUUGGAGCCAAAUCAGAUCCGUUAAGUCCCAAUUUUCAUUUUCCGUCCAAUUUCGCUCGAUCUAGCUAUGCUAGGAAAGAGAGUAUGCAGUGGAUGGCGCCCCUUUCUUGUUCUAUGUUUGUCUCUCUUUAUUGUUUUUCUUCAUAUCAUGUCAGUUUUAGAACUACGGCAGCAUUCUGCUGCAGAAGUUCCACAAAGGAAACAAUACAAGAAGUUUGAUCAUCUGGUUUUUGGACCUGCUGCGGGCGAAGGGUUGUCUGAUCGGCUACAGUGCAAAGGAAACAAAGCUCUCACCAAUACAUAUUUUGGAGCAUCUUCUAAAAAUUUGAAGGCUGGAAGCAAUAUUUCCAUCGUCACCGUGUUUGCCACAUAUAAUACUGCUGUUGAUCAGCAGACAAAUGGCAAAUCAAUAGACAGUGUUACGGUUGGGAACAUUUCCUACAACAAGGUGGAAAAGUCAAUUGCCAUCUUGAAUGUCUUCGUUAAUUUCAUUCAGGAGACCAUGCCUCAAAGCAACAUCAUCAUCCUUACUAAUCCAUCAUCCAAACUCCCAGUGGAAAGAGAUAGACUGACCAUUCUGCCCAUUCAAGGUGAUUAUUCACGAGAAAUGUUGAUGCUACAAAGAAUCAGGUCUUACAUUGUCUUUCUAGAAACUCGAGCUGCGGAGCAUUCAAAAUGGAAGGGCCUAGUUAAUCAUUACAUCUUUACCGACUCAGAUAUAGCAGUGGUUGAUGAUUUGGGGCAGAUAUUUAAUGAUCACCCUGAUUUUCAUGUGGCUCUAACAUUCCGUAACAACAAAGAGCAACCCCUGAAUUCAGGAUUUAUAGCAGUGAGGGGCACUCCUGAGGGAAUUUUAAGAGCAAAGUCUUUCUUGGAAGAAGUACUAAAAGCGUACACGUCAAAGUUCAUGAAAGCUUCCAGAAUGCUCGGGGAUCAAUUAGCUCUUGCCUGGGUUGUAAAAUCUUAUGCUUCCUUUGAUGUACGAAGGUUUUCUAGAAAACAAGCAUUUGUGGACCAAAUCAGUGGCGCUUCAGUACUAUUUUUGCUGUGUUCAAUUUAUAACUGGACACCACCAGAGGGUGCCGGUCAAUUUCACGGGAUGCCCUUGGAUGUUAAGGUUGUGCAUUUUAAGGGAUCAAGAAAGAGACUUAUGCUGGAGUCUUGGAACUUCUUAAAGUCAACGUCAUCGUCGGACAUUGCCAACAUGUUAUGCCUAAUCUUAAGAAGUGGCAGGACAAAGUACGAUUUCUAGUUGAGAUUAAUUUUGGUCUCAUCUUAUGGAUUUUUUCUUUUUGAGCAAGUACGUCCGCACAUUCAUUUAGAAGAUUAACCAGACCUUUUGAGGUUGUUGGUUGUAACUUGUAAGACUGGUCAACAUUCACCAUCCAAAUGGUGCUUGAGCUUAAAGCUACAGGUCAAGUUUGCCGCUCAGCUGCAACUUUAGAGACUCAGGUAACGAAUGGUUUCUAGCUAAAAUCAGUUUGUAUUCUUAUUUUUUGUGUAACUACAUGUAGGUUCUUCAAAAUUGAUUCGAUGUUUCCUUCUUUGUUUUCUAGCCAUUUCAACAAGAUCAGUAUUGGCAUUUAACUUUUGUGCUGUGUUCUGUAGGAACUUCAACGCUGUUCUCUUCUUCUGGUGGUGUGUUACUGUAACACCCCACAUUUUCGGGCUAGUCUUUGAAUCGUCGUUUCUACGCGUAUAAGCUAUAAUCCAAAUGAUUCCCAUGUGAAUAUAAGUUUCAUGAUCUUUAUCCUCGUGUUUUGAACCGUCGUUCCUACGUGUAUAAGCUAUAAUCCAAAUGAUUCCAAUGUGAAUAUAA